AUGUUCCUUUGGUCUGAACGGAUCCUGCGGUAUGGAGAAAUACACCAUGUGACGCCACCGCCUCCAAGUCUUCGUGUCAAGUUAUUGCGUAUCGAAUAUUCCAGGCCCAUCCCUUUGACUGUGCUAGGUGCAGGCAAAGUAUUUGCCCCAGACGACCCUUGUAAAGUAUUUUCUACCGAUAUCUUGCGCAAUCUCUAG